AUGCUCUAUCCUGCCACAACUGCAGCUGCAGGGAACAUCAACAUAGGGAUGGAUAAAUGGAUGGAAGACAUGUCUUCGAACACAUUUGAAGAUCGAAUCAUCUCGAUUCUCGGCUGGGAGGAGAUGGAGGGAAAAACUGUGGAUGAAGUGGUGGAUAUUGAGAGUGCUUCCAGUGCUUCUUUCAAUGAUGAUUCAGAUGAUGAGGAAUCUUUAGUUCCUGAAAUAGAUGAUGGAGUUCACCUUGAGGAACCGUUAACGGAAGAGGAAAUACAAGAUCUUAUUUCUGAGUUGUUAGAAGUUGAGAGUAAGGAGCAAGUACCACAACAACAUGCAUGUGCUAAGCAAGGGUUAUCUGUCAUGCACAAUAGUGCUGCUACAGUGUUUCAUUGUGCCCUCUGA